AUGCGACCAAUGCUGAGGCUGCUAGGCCUGAGAAGGCUUCACAUUGCAGCCGUGGUAGUGGCCUUGACAGCCAACAACCAUUUCUCUGACGGCGUCCUAAGCGACAACCUCUUUCGCCCCCCGGCGAUCCCCGAUGAUCCACCAGGCGCAUUAGACAACCGCCCCAUCGUACAGCUGCACCAGCAAGCACAGGCAGAGUUCCAAGCUCUUCUCGCCCGGCAUGCCCGGCAGGUUAGUCCAAGUGUCCACCACGCCCAGCAGCAAAGCAAGACAGACUUCACCUCCAUAUGCGAGUUUUCGGCUGAAAGUUCGGUUGCGGAUGUCGAGCUUGGAUGGAGCCUCUUACCAGAUUGUUGGGUGAUGCGCACAGCCCCAGAAGCAGCUACACAGUGUGACGGCGAUGGACACAAGGCCCAGAAACAGUCCAUGCGGACAUAUCUCUCGCAUCACUCAAUCACCAUGCACUGUCUGAGGCUUGUCAGCCUGUAUAGCUCCUGGUGGGACCACUCCUGGGGCGCAGAAAAGAAUGCCGUCUACUGGGCCGGGUCCUCGACGGGGGGACACUGGACCGCCCACACGUGGGCCAAAGGCCACCCGCAGCGGCUCGUCGCCCUUGCCACGGGCAAGGCCGAGACUUCCACCGGCGCCAAAGUCGACAUCUCGCACCGUGAUGUCGCCUUGACUCGCAUUGUAGGCUGCGAGCCCCGUCCUGUCUGCGACGCCAUGUCUCGCUUUUUCUGGGGCGGUCUACCCGACACCACGACCGGCGGCCGUAGCAGCCGCGGACCGGACCCAGAAAACCGCGCGCUUGGGUACCGGUUCGCGCUCGACGUGAACGGCAACAGCUUCAGCGGGCGCUUCUACCGGCGGCUGGCGUCACGCGGCGUCCCGCUCAAGAUUAACAUCUUUCGCGAGUGGCACGAUGACCGCCUGCGGGCCUGGGUGCACUAUGUGCCCUUCAGCGUCAGCAUGGAGGAGAUGCCGGAGCUGAUGCGGGUCUUGACCUCGACGGCGACGGGCCAGCGGAUAUCGAGGAGCAUAGCCGAGGCCAGGAGGGAGUGGCACCAGCUAGCCGUGUCGCCCCAGCAUCAGGGCAUCUACCUGUACAGGCUUAUGCUGGAGAUGACCAGGGUGCGGGAUGGGCGGCGGGAAGCUAAUUACGAAAAGAAGAAAAAUAACUAAUAAAAUAAAAUAAAAUAAAAUAAAAAAC